AUGGCAGAUUCUGAGGUUUUAAAGAAGUUAAAAGAUAUCCCAUUUAAAAUUCAAACCGCAAGUUUGAAAGGGAGACACGAAGUUAUUAAAGAAAUUCAAGAUGUUUUAUCAACUCCAGGCAUAACAGAACCAGCAGUCAAAUUUGUAUGUCGAGUGCUACUAUUAACAUUAAACAGAUAUAGAGACUCUACAUCUCAAUCUUACAUUAAAAGUUUAUUAGCAUACCUUGCAAAGGAACACAAAGAUUGGACACUCAAGAGUCUACUUCCAUCAUUGUUAGAAGUAUCUGAACAUCUGAAAUGUACUGCAUCUUCGAAAAGUAUAUGCCAAACUGGCUUAUAUGCCUUACGAUGGACAACAGUGUUGGUGGAAGGAUCACUAAAAACAGAAGAAGACUCCAUAGAUUACAACAUCUUAGUGCUUACCCAAGCAAACCUUCUUGCUGUGGUCACUGCUUUUGGAAAUAAAAAGAAAAAUGAUAAAGGAUAUUCAGUGUUACAUAACUCAUGGAAAUUAAUGGGCAAUGGAAAGUUAUUGAAAUGGAUAAAUGUGCUGCUGUCACAGUCAGCUGAUUCUGGGCCUCAAAUAUGUGUGGCAUUUUCUGCUCUGUGUAGACAUGCUAAACAGGCUGGAGAUGAAGCGCUUAUAUUACAGCACAAGGCAAAAAUGCUAGAAAGUUUAAUCAAAAGUCUCAUUAGUGUGAAGACUAGGCCCAAUUCCAAUUACAUUCGAGGCUGUUCGGAUUUGCUCCAUCUCUUGGAAUCAUCAGAUGUUCAAGAUACCUUAUUACCAGCUCUUCACAAAGCCAUGUUGAGAAGUCCUGAGACUAUAAUACAUGCUGUAGGAGAAGUUUUAGCCAACUUAGAUGUAUAUGUUGAUGGUAUUGCUGUAGACAUCGGAAAAAGCUUAAUAGUGAACCUGCACUCUUGCGACGAGUGGGCGCGUGGCGAGGCGGCGCCUGCACUUCGGGCGCUGGCCCGGCGCUGCGCCGCGCCCGCAGCCGCUCACGCCCUUCUGGCGCACGCCUUCGCGCACUACCAUGGCGCCAACGGAAAACUUACCUCCAGUGAGGAUAAGAUCGCCGUGCUUCAUGGUGUAGGCACACUCAGUGAAUUAGCAGUGGACCCAGAGACACAGCUGAAACUGUUUGACGAAGUUGUCACUCAAAUAUCAAAAGUUCUAGACAGCGAGUCACACGAACGCACCCUCUGCGUUGCAUUAGAAGUUCUAUAUAGGUGGAUUCACAGCUUAGAUAUUCCAUUGUCAGAUAAAAUCCUACAAAUAUAUAAGAGAGGGCUGUCCGCCAAGAGCACGACGCAGACGGUGCGCGUGGCGUACACGGCGCUGGUGUCGCGCGCCGCGCGCCGCCCGCCCGCACCCGCGCUGGCCGCCGCACUGCGCCCCGUGUUGCUCGCUGCCAUCGACAAAGCGGCGCAGCAGCCGCUGCAGCACUUGGUAGUGAGUGAGGGCAUAUGCGCGAUGGCGGCGCUGGCGCAGCUGGACGCGCCGCCCGCCGCCGCCGCGCCCGCGUGGCCCGCGCUGCUGCACGACCGCGCGCUCGCCGCCGCCAGCGACGACGUCCUAAUACAGGUGGUGUUACUAUGCAGAACUGUUUUGGACAAGGACGAGAGUGUUGCCAGCGACCAAAGUUCACCUGUACUGAAGGCUUUCAUAUUCGUCCUGCUCUCUCCCAUUAAAUCUGUCCGGUCGGCAGCUUUGGAAGAAGUGAAAUUGCUACUAGCUAAUGAAAAUAAGGCCUUAUUGGCAAAGAAUUUAGUGAUGAAAUUGAAUGAAGUGCUGGACGAAGGAAAGAUCUUCAUGGUGAAGGAGAAGACACCUCCAGAAGACAAGGCAGAGGUGACUGGGAAGAUGAUACUUGACUGUGUUCAAGCUCUGUGUUCAUAUAGAGAUUAUAAACAAGAAGACUCGGAGAGCUUAGCUAUAGAAGUACUCCCCUGUUGCCACCAGCCCCUCGCGGUGGCUAUCAAUCAACGAGCUUGGCUAAAAUUAGUAGCAUAUUUACGUCUCGACCCACACAGACUAGUCGCCACACAUUUAAAUAAACUGAAGAACAUAUACAUUACUAAUUUUACUCCGACCGAGACGCAGUGCAACGUGGUGGCGACGCUGGCGCGCUGCAGCGCGGAGGGCGCGGGCGGCGCGGCGCUGCGCGCGGCGCUGGACGCGCUGCAGCGGCCCGCGCUGCUGGCCGUCUCGCGCGACGACUACUUCGCCUACCUCACGCCGCCCGGACACCUCUACGACAAGUCCGUCGUGCCCGGAAGUGAAGAAAACAAAGAAAUGAACUUAAAGCGAGAGAGCAAAGCGUACAGCUACAAGGAGCAGCUGGAAGAACUACAAUUGCGACGAGAAAUUGACGAAAAGCGACGUAGAGAGGGCAAAAUUAAAGAGGUUCCACUGACAGCCAAACAGAAGGAGGCUAUAAAAGCCCAACUUGCAAAGGAAAGUGCAAUUCGUGAGCGUUUAACUGAGCUGAACAGCUCUGUGGAGAAGGCGGUGGCGCUGGUGGAGGCGACGGCGCGCGGGUCGGCGGCGGCGCUGGGCGCGCGCGCGCGUGCGCUGCUGCGCGCGCUGCUGGCGGCGCUGCGCUGCCCGCUGGCGGCGCCGCGCCUGGCGCCCGCGCACCGCCGCCUGCGCCGCCACCUGCUGCCGCGCCACGCCGCGCUCGCUGACCACGUCGCCAGGACCACCAUCAGGCUGUACAAACCCCAGUGCGACUUGGACCCGAGCUGGGAGGAGGAGGAGCUAGACAAGGCCACCAUCCGCACCAUCAAUCUGGUGCACGCCGCCACCGCCAACGCUGACGGCGACCACUUCACCGCGCCCGGCUUCUGCUAUGUGUUCCCCUUGUUUAAACAAGGUCUGACGAGCAGCCUGGCGCGCACCAACGAGGCCACCAUGGUGAAGGGGCUGGCCGUGAUCUCGCGGCACGCGGCGCUGCGUGGAGACGCCUCCUCGCUGUACGCGCCCGACCAGCUGCACCCACAGCUGUUCCCCAUCGACCAGAUGUUCCGGCUGCUCAUUGAUCUUAUUAGCAGCUGCAGCGGGCGCGUGGCGGCGGCGUGCACGGUGGCGCUGCUGGAGACGGCGCGCUGCGCCGCGCGCGCGCCGCUCGCCGAGGACGACGUGCUGUGUCUGCUCGACGGCCUGCAGAACCCCAUGGAGGUGGUGCGCGACGCGGCGCUGCGCGCGCUGCUGUGCGUGGCGGAGUGCCUGCCGCCCUUCCUGGAGGAGCCGGGGCUCGCGCUCACGCUCACCAUGCGCCUCUACGUCGCCACCUUCGACGACUCUGAGGACAAUAAAAAACUAGCGGAAGAGCUGUGGACGCAGCUGCCGCGCGCGGAGGCGUGGGCGGCGGGCGCGGCGGAGGAGCUGCGCGCGCUGCUGCUGCGCCAGGUGCAGCACCCCGCCGAGCCCGUGCAGGCGGCGGCGGCGCGCGCGCUGGCCGCGCUCGUAGCCCGCGCGCCGAACCCGCACGCCGCCGCCGACGCCGUGCUGCACAGCCUGCACGAGAUAUACGACGAAAAGUUGCCGCUGAUCCCGGCGGUGCUCGACCAGUUCGGGCACGAGCAGCAGGCCGCCGUGGACGCGUGGGGCGCGCGGCGCGGCGUGGCGGUGGCGCUGCGUGAGCUGGCUCCGCGCCUGGCGCCCGCCGCUGUGCCCGCCGCCAUGGCCUUCUACGUGCGCCGCGCGCUCGCUGACCGCAGCGACGCCGUGCGCGACACCAUGCUCGCCGCCGCCAUGGCGCUGGUGGACCUGCACGGGAAGGAGACACUGAGCAGCCAGCUGCCGGUGUUCGAGCAGUUCCUAGACACGGCGCCCAAGUCGGGCGGCUACGACGCGGUGCGUCAGUGCGUGGUGCUGCUGGUAGGGUCGCUGGCGCGGCACCUGGCGCCCGAUGACGCGCGCGUGCGCCCCAUCGCGCUGCGCCUCGUAGCCGCGCUUAACACGCCCAGCCAACAGGUGCAAGAAGCGGUCAGUAACUGUCUGCCACACCUGGUGACGUCCCCGGCGCUGGAGGCCGAUAUCCCCACUAUCGUCAACAAACUCCUCAAACAACUACUCACUGCUGAGAAAUACGGUGAUAGGAAGGGCGCUGCGUACGGUAUCGCCGGUAUAAUUAAAGGUUUGGGCAUCUUGUCACUAAAGCAGCUGGACGUAAUGGGCAAACUCACUGAAGCUAUCCAGGAGAAAAAGAACUACAAGUACCGAGAAGGCGCGCUGUUCGGGUUCGAGAUGCUGUGCUGCAAGCUGGGGCGGCUGUUCGAGCCGUACAUCGUGCACGUGCUGCCGCACCUGCUGCUGUGCUUCGGCGACUCCUCGCAGUACGUGCGCGCCGCCGCCGACGACACCGCCAAGCUCAUCAUGAGCCGCCUCUCCGCGCACGGCGUCAAGCUCGUGCUGCCCUCGCUGCUGCAGGCGCUGCAGGACGACAACUGGCGCACUAAAGCUGGGUCCAUCGAGCUGCUCGGCGCGAUGGCAUACUGCGCGCCCAAGCAGCUGUCGUCGUGCCUGCCGUCCAUCGUGCCCAAGCUCAUCGAGGUGCUGAGCGACUCGCACAUGCGCGUGCAGGAGGCCGGCGCAGAGGCCCUCAAGGUCAUCGGCUCCGUCAUACGCAACCCGGAGAUACAGGCAAUCGUACCGGUCCUACUCCAAGCUCUGCAGGACCCCUCGAACAAGACAUCUCUCUGCCUCCAGACCCUGCUGGACACCAAAUUCGUGCACUUCAUAGACGCGCCCUCGCUCGCCCUCAUCAUGCCGGUGGUGGAGCGCGCCUUCCUCGACCGCAGCACGGAGACGCGCAAGAUGGCGGCGCAGAUCAUCGGCAACAUGUACUCCCUCACCGAUCAGAAGGACCUCACUCCUUACCUGCCCAGCAUCAUACCAGGAUUGAAGAGCUCCUUGCUUGAUCCUGUGCCUGAGGUGCGCUCGGUCUCUGCGCGCGCGCUGGGCGCGAUGGUGCGCGGCAUGGGCGAGAACAGCUUCGAGGAGCUGUUGCCGUGGCUGAUGCAAACCCUCACCUCGGAGUCCAGCUCCGUGGACCGCUCCGGCGCCGCGCAGGGCCUUUCCGAGGUGGUGGCGGGCCUCGGCAGCCACAAGCUGCAUAAGAUCAUGCCUGACAUAAUAGCGACAGCGGAGCGCACCGACAUCGCACCGCACGUGAAGGACGGCUACAUCAUGAUGUUCAUCUACAUGCCCGGCGCCUUCACCGACGAGUUCACGCCAUACAUUGGACAGAUCAUCAAUCCUAUACUUAAGGCACUCGCUGACGAAAACGAGUACGUCCGAGAAACUGCCCUGAAAGCGGGACAGAGGAUAGUUAACUUAUACGCAGAAUCCGCAAUAACACUAUUGUUACCGGAGUUGGAGAAGGGACUGUUCGAUGACAACUGGCGUAUCAGAUACAGCUCAGUCCAACUUCUAGGGGACCUGCUGUACCGUAUAUCGGGCGUGUCCGGAAAAAUGAGUACAGAGACUGCUUCGGAGGAUGACAACUUUGGUACUGAGCACUCGCACAAAGCCAUCAUAACCGCCCUCGGGCCGGAGCGCAGGAACAGAGUCCUCGCUGGCUUGUACAUGGGCAGAAGUGACGUCGCGCUCAUGGUGAGGCAGGCUGCUCUGCACGUUUGGAAGGUGGUCGUCACGAAUACACCGAAAACUUUACGUGAAAUUUUGCCGACACUAUUCAAUCUGUUGCUGGGCUGUCUGGCCUCCACCAGCUACGACAAGAGGCAAGUCGCCGCGAGAACACUUGGCGAUCUCGUCAGAAAGUUAGGGGAGCGCGUGCUGCCGGACAUAGUGCCGAUCCUGGAGCGCGGGCUGCGCUCGGAGCGCGCCGACCAGCGCCAGGGCGUCUGCAUCGGCCUCGGCGAGAUACUUGCCUCCACCUCGCGGGAUGCUGUGCUCAGUUUUGCUGAUGGACUGGUUCCGACAGUGCGCACGGCGCUGUGCGACGAGCUGCCGGAGGUGCGCAUGGCGGCGGCGCGCGCCUUCGACUCGCUGCACGCGACCAUCGGCAACAAGGCGCUGGACGACAUCCUGCCGCCCAUGCUGGACGCUCUGCGCCACAAAGACGCUGCCGUCGCAGAGGCCGCGCUCGACGGGCUCAAGCAGGUGAUGGCGAUCAAGUCACGCGCCGUGCUGCCGUACCUGGUGCCGGUGCUGACGGGCGGCGGCGGCGGCGCGGCGGACACGCGCGCGCUGUCGGCGCUGGCGGCGGCGGCGGGCGGUGCUCUGGCGCGCCACCUGCCGCGCGUGUUGCCCGCGCUGCUGGGCGCGCUGGUGGCGGCACGCGGCUCGCCGGCCGAGGCGCGCGAGCUGGAGUACUGCCGCGACGCGCUGCUGCCCGUGCAGGACGACGCCGGCGUCAGGAGCAUAAUCGACACGCUAAUGGAGUGCGUGCGCACGGGCGAGGGCGACCGGCGGCGCGCGGCGGCGGCGCUGCUGUGCGCGUUCGUGACGCACACGCGCGCCGACCUCGUGCCGCACGUGCCGGCGCUGCUGCGCGGCCUGCUGCUGCUGUUCGCGGAGACGGACAGGGACGUGCUGCUGAUGGCCUGGGAGGCGCUCUCCGCGCUCACCAAAAUGCUGGAGGCUGAGAAGCAGCUGGGCUACGUGCAGGAGGUGCGGCAGGCGGUACGGUACGCUGCGGCCGACCUGAAGGGUGAACCGCUACCUGGAUUCUGUUUGCCUAAGGGUAUAGCACCAAUACUGCCACUAUUCCGAGAAGCAAUUCUCAACGGCUUGCCGGAAGAGAAAGAAAAUGCAGCGCUCAUGUUGGGAGAAGUGAUCAAGUUGACAACAGCGUCCGCCAUCCAGCCCUCCGUGGUACACAUCACCGGCCCUCUCAUCCGUAUCUUGGGUGACAGGUUUAAUUCCAGCGUCAAGGCUGCUGUCCUUGAAACUUUAGCUUUACUUUUAUCUAAGGUAGGAGUGAUGCUCAAACAGUUUCUGCCGCAACUGCAGACGACAUUCGUGAAGGGUCUAUCGGACGUCAACCGGCCCGUGCGCAUCAAGGCCGGCCUCGCACUGUCGCAGCUCGUGCUCAUACACACGCGCGCCGACCCGCUCUUCCUCGAGGUGCACAACGGCGUGAAAAACGCCGAGGACAUCAGCGUGAAGGAGACCAUGCUGCAGGCGCUGCGCAGCGUCAUCACCAACGGCGGCGACAAGAUGUCGGAGCAGUCGGCGCUGACGGUGCUGGCCAUGCUGACGUGCCCGGCGCUGCUGGCGCACCCCGAGGACCCGCCGCGCGGCGGCGCCGGCGGCUGCCUGGGCGCGCUGCUGCACUGCCUGGCGCCCGCGCACCGCGACGCCGCGCUGCUGCACCACGUGCUGGCCGCCGGGCACGCCGCGCACCCCGCGCACGGCGGGCACGCCGCCGCCGCCGACGACUGGCUGCUCACGCACGGCCGCUCCUGCGCCCUCUUCGUUGCACUCAAAGAGACACCAGACCAAAUCUACCGGGAUCACUUCGAAGAGAAGAUAGACAAAGUCCUAUUGAGCUAUCUCGCCAGCGAUAAGACGCCCAUUGUGUGCAACGGUAUAAGAGGCAUCGGAUAUUUGAUAUGCUAUUUACUUAAAAACGACAGGCCGGUGCCGCCGAAUAUACUGUCACAGUUUGUUAGGAGCAUGAACCACAGCAGCAACGAGGUGAAGCAGCUGAUGGCGCGCGCGAGCACGCUGGUGGGGCGCAGCGACGCGGUGCGCGCGGCGGGCGUGGGUGCCGACGUGCUGCGCGCGCUGCUGCCCGCGCUUGUCAACGGCACCAAGGAGAAGAACACCUACGUGCGCGCCAACUCCGAGAUAGCACUGCGCGCGGUGCUGCGGCUGCCUCACGACGAGGCCUUCCACCAGCAAUGCAUGUCUCUCCUGGAGGAGGGCGGGCGCGAGGCGCUGGGCGAUGUGGUGACGCGCGUGCUGCGGCGCGCUGUAGCCGACGGCCGCGACGAGGACCUGGACUGCACUCUGAUCACC